AUGCCGGGAGUGGACGGGAACUACUGCCUGACCUGCGGCAGCGACAAGUCCCUGAAGCUCUGGAACCCACACAAGGGCACAGCCCUGCGCACCUACCAGGGGCACGGGUACGAGGUGCUGGAUGCCGCCGGCUCCUUUGACAACAGCCAGCUCUGCUCCUGCGGGGCUGACAAGACCGUGGCACUGUGGGAUGUAGCCACCGGACAAGUGGUCCGCAAGUACCGGGGACACGUGGGGAAAGUGAACUGCGUCCAGUUCAAUGAGGAGGCCACCAUCAUUGUGUCUGGCUCCAUCGACUCCACUGUCCGAUGCUGGGACUGCCGCUCCCGCCGCCCUGACCCCGUCCAGGUCCUGGAUGAGGCCAAGGACGGCAUCUCCAGCGUGAAGGUCUCUGACCACGAGAUCCUGUCGGGCUCCGUGGACGGCCGUGUCCGGCGCUACGACCUGCGUGCUGGCCAGCUCUACUCUGACUACAUAGGGAGCCCCAUCACCAGCGUCUGCUUCAGCAAGGAUGGGCAGUGCGCCCUGGCUGCCAGCCUUGACUCCACCCUGCGCCUGCUGGACAAGGAAACAGGGGAGCUGCUGGGCGAGUACAUGGGCCACCGCAGCAUGACGUACCGGCUGGACUGCGUGCUGAGCGAGCAGGACACCCAUGUGGGCAGCGCCUCCGAGGAUGGCAAUGUCUACUUCUGGGACCUGGUGGAGGGUUCACUUGUGCUCAGCCUGGCAGUAGGCCGCAGCGUGGUGCAGUCACUCUCCUUCCACCCCACCCUGCCCUGCCUGCUCACUGCCACCGAGGGCCAGGUCCAGCUCUGGCGCGAGGAGAGCUUCCAGCCUGAGGGGGACGCUGCCAUGUGAUGCGGGUUUG